CCGACUCACACAGUCUUAGACCUGAACGAGGGAGCUCACCGGGAAUAACCUGGCAGGACAAGAGGAUGUGGUGCAGCCAAAUGGAUAUUUAAAGUUCACUUUUCUUCUUCUUUUCUGUUACCAGCAGAGGUUUUCUGGUGAUACUGGUGGACUUAGUCUAGUUCAACUAUUUUACAAUACUUAGCCUGUUUUAUUUGAUCAUUCUGUGCCAAAUUGAUCCAUAUUACGCACAUGACUUCGUGUUUUCCUAAGGCGCACCUGUUUGCCACUGGAGGGACAAGGACAGUAAAAGACAAGUUCUUUAUUUACCUUUGAACAAGAGGACUACAGUGUCUGAUGGGAGUAGACUAUGGCCUGAUUUUUAAUGCAAAAACGUGUGUUGACUGCUGUUUGAAGUGGUGAAGGGACUCAUUUCCACUCAUUUCUACAAGGUGACAGAGAGUCUCCAAGUCGAUAGUUUUGCACUUACUGUGUGAAGUGUGGAUGCUGUCGGAACUGUGAACAGGGCAGUGCGUUAACAGCAGCUGUCAAACUCAUGGGUCCCUCCUGCCCCCCGGGCGACUGGGAGCUCUGCUGAGGUCUGUACUGCGCAUGUCAGAGAGCCGGACAGCACCAGAGAGGGAAAUUUAAAAACGGUUUUUGGAGAAUCAAGUGCAACAACAGAGAAAUACAGUACAGGGGCUCACGACCGGCUCACACAUCCUUCAUUAUCAUCAAAAAAGGUAAAUUUCUAAAUCUUUUUCUUUUCUCAUUGUGCAUCAUUCUGUAAUCUUUGUUUGGGAUGUGGAUUGUAGUGGAAAAAUAGUAUUUUAAUUACUUUAAGUGAUCUAUACAUGGGCAUGCUAGAUGAGAUAGAAAUGUAAACCUCAGCUGAGUAAACUCUUAUGUAAACCUUUUAACAGAAUGCUAAUGCAAAACAAGCUUAUUCUAUUUUUGUGUUUGAGAAAUUUUAUUGAAGUAAUAAGAAACAAAGAUUUUCACCUGUUAAAUGUGCAACAGCUACCACAAAGAAAUAAUAAUUCUUAAUAUAUUUUUUACUUAUUCUUUUAAUUGAUCCUCAACUUCUUUUUAUGAUUGAUUUAAAGAUUAGUUAAAAAAAAAAAAGGUUUGCUCUUUGUUAAACAUCUUUUUUUUCUGUAUUUGCAGAAGAGCAAAAACUGGUCUACUCUGUACUUCAUCUUAGCUUGAGUAUAUCAGAUUUACUAUUAUUAUUUUUAAUCUAAUGCCUUUAAUUUUGUUGAUUUUAUCACAGAGGUACCACACAUCCCAGGAAAUGAUAGAAGGUGGAAUCACAUCCAGGAUGUCGGGAAUUAUUGAGAAUGCCGGGCAUCAUCCGUCUCCACAAGACUACAGGUAAGACCUGUGAUUUAAAAUUAAUGUGAAGAGAUGCAAUUACUUAACUUUCCAACAUUUCACAAUGUGUUAUUUCUGUUUGACAUCGUCAAAAGCAUUCAGGAUCAAGUUUGAGCUGCCUCAAUAGAUAAAAGGCAUAUUUUCAUAAACCAAACCCUUUAAGGUGUCUCCAGAGUGGUCAUGGAACAAAUUGCCUAACCCCACUAUGUUUCAUCUAAAGGUAGAUGGACAGCUCUUUUUGUGUAUGGGGGGUUUCAUGAAAAAAAUCCUAAGGAAUAAAUGAUUUUCAGUCUGAAUGGAUCUGUCAGAAACCAUCAGCUCUGUUUACACUCCCGCUGUCGGCACACGGAGAGCCUGAGCCUCUUGGCCUGCCGACUCAGGGGGAGAUGGGGUGCUCUGGGUCACCAGUAUGCACAAGUGGCUCCCAAUUAGAAGAACUGUGAGGGAGGGAGAGAGGGAGGGAGAAGGGAGGCACAAUAUUUAGUGUUGUUGAGCCCCUGAAAAGGCUGGGAUGAUACAUGGAGACACCAGCUCAACAUGUUUUGCAUCAGUGAACAAUUUCUAAGCUGCUGGUAGAAGGGAGUGGGGGUAGGAAUAAUGUCCAGGGUGUUGUCUGUUCCUUAGUUUACACCAGUUAUUGUCAAAUUUUGUAAUGAAUGAAUAGUUGUAAUUUUGGGUAGAUUUGACGGUGUGAAAAAUGGCAUUUUUAAUUUUUUUUAUUUUUGUGAUUUUCUUGGGGAUUUUUUUUUUUUUUGCAGUAAUUCUAUCAAACAUUUAAUUGGGUGAAGACUUUUAGCUUGUUUUGCUUAAGAAUUACUUUUUUUUCCUGAAUUGAAUUAAACUAACACUAACAAGCUUAGGUUCUGCACAGAAACAUCUCAAAACUGUUUGUUUAAAAAGAGUCAUUACUCUAAGUUGUGUAUUGGCACACUCAAGACGUUUCAGGAAGUGUGCUGCUGAUUUCUGGUCACAGUGAUGUCACUAAUUCAGAUGGCAGACACACAGUCCUGACCUCAAACUACAUUUGCACUACCUCUUGCCCUAGGCUCUGUUGGCUCCCUGUUUAGGGAGAACUGAGGGGGGGUGGUGGUGGGGUGAUGUUGGGGCAGCAGGGAGGACAGAGGCUGGAAAGGGACAGGGAAGCAGAUGGCAUCCUAUUUGUCCCUCUUAUGUGAGGCCUGUCAUUCCAACAGAUUAAUGCAAGGGCUGGCUAAAGAAAAGAAGACGACAGAGACAAUCAAGGAAGGGUCUGGGGAAGACAAUAGAGCCACGUGCCACUGGGCAGAUUUGUCGUUUGGGACACAAUAGGUGAUCAUUUUUCAAUAGACAAGGCCAACUGUUGCAGGCAACAUGUGCUGCUGUCCCAUGUUUCAAACGAUCUCAUGCGUUGUUUACUUAUGAUUCAGCCAAUGGUUAGGGCCAGAUCCUGGUCACCUGACACACGGUUGAUUUUUUAAUAGGAGAUUUGGUGUGUAUGCAUGAGGGGGGGGGGGUCUACUCCUGCACUGUCCGCAGACUUGAAAAGUAACUGAAUAGUGCGUGUUGUCAUAGCGACCCCAAUUACUAAACCCUUGCACAGUAAGUGUGAGUGCAGAGCAAACUGGAGAGGAUUCAAGAGGAUUCCUCUCUUUUCUUUAUUUCUCGUUGGGGCUCACUAAUAAAUCCGUAGUGACUAAAACUGACUGGGUUUAACAGAAAUCAAAUAUUCCAUCUUUUCUCUUUACCAAAUUAUUGGUCUCACACAAAUGCAACUUUAUUUGUUUAUUAUUUUCUCAAAUUUGUUUUGCUUUAGUAUGAAUUACAGGUUAAAAAAAAGACCUGUGAAAAAAAAGGAACAGUUUUGACGGAUGAUUUCCUCUGAAUGGAAAGCUUGUUUAACUCCCUCAUUGUUGAUUAAAACUGUCACCACUAAAUAACACUUGUAGUUAAUCUUCUUACGGUAAAUCCUGGACGGCAUGGCAAACACCCGACCCUGGCUGAGCAGCUUCCAUCCAUCCAUUUUCAGACUCAUUACAGUGGUUUUGACAUUUUGAAGAACUCGAUGUUAUGUCAAGUGUUUACAUUUAAAUUCUACUUGGGGUCUAAGUGAGUUUAAACUGACAAUCCUGUAACACCCCACCCCACCCCUCCCUUCUCUUCUGCAGGCUUUUGACCACAGACCCCUCCCAGCUGAGAGAGGAGGACCUCCCUGGGGACCUGCAGUCUCUGUCAUGGCUCACCUCUGUGGAUGUGCCCCGACUACAACAGAUGGCUGAUAGUAGAGGCCACAAUAACGGGCCUUCUCAGGGCAGCCUUCUGGAGCAACAGACAGGUAAGGUGACAGUGAGGGGACAGUAACAUUCAAAAACUGCACUCUCUCUGAUUGGAUGAAUCAGGGCGGCUACAUUCCUCUAAAAUUUUAGUCCCUGGAGCUAUAACCAAAGUUUCAUGAGAAUAUCCUCAGAGACAAAGAGACUACAGGGUUAACAUUUAUGUCACUGGCUAUAAUUAACCCUAAUCUGAGAAAAUUAAUCCACUCAUGUCUGGUGAGGUUUUAGCCAUAAUGUUUAACUCUUAUUGAUCAACAGAGCAGAAGGUCAAACAAAUGCACACAUAAAACUUGAAUUUUGACAUCCUCAGACAUCAUGAAAUGAAAAAACAAAACAAAACAAGAAUAAGCAGUUUGAUUGAAAGAAACUUUAAAUCUGUGAAUGGCAGCGAUGAAAACUAAUUAUAUUAACUCAUGGUGUGUUUAUUGAAUAUAUUGUCGUGCAUAUUUACAUUCUGAUUAGCUUUUAAAAUCAGUUCUUUUACUUUAGAGUUUUUUAAUGAAAAAUAUUGCACUUAGCUGCAUUAUGCAUAACCUUAGUAACUGAGUAAUAAAAAUAUCCUUUUUUUCAGCAACUGCAUGACAGCCAGUGGAUUAGAAGACAUUUAUACUUCCAAACACUCAAAUCUUACUGAGUGACUUUGUCUCAUUUGUCUUAAUGAGUCAAAUAAGUCUCACUAAAAUGUUUUAUUACAGUUAAUUGACAGACUCAGCUCAACUCAACUCAACAUUUAGAGAUCUUUCAAGCCCAAACCAUCUUCAUUAGUUCCUUAAAAUAAUUAUUUCAUCUUGUUUAAAUAAACUUAUCAAGAUAAUUUCGCCUGUUGCCGUAGCAGCCAUUUUUAUUCUUACAGUCAACUUAUCUGACCUUAUCUGUGGCUCCUGAUAACAAGCCUUUCUGUACAGUCAGCCAUGACUGUACUGUAGAGGGACCAUCUGACCAAAGCUGUAGUAAAAAAAGACAAAAAAAGAGAAUAACUUUGGCCUAAAUAGGUGCAGAGUCAACUCAUUUAACAUAAUAAUGCUGUCGAUAUUGCUAAAACAAUUUGUUUGGGAAAAUAUGCCUUUACACACAAUCUGGGGCAUAUCUUACAACCCUACCCCCAUACCAUUGGUUAAAGUACAUAGUACAUUUUUUAUAAAGUCCCUUUUACCUUUACAUCAGUAGAUUAACAAACAGGUGGUUUUACUUUAACUAAAGUAACGGUACUUUUACCCAACUAGAAUAUUUAAGUUCAUUUCUCAAAGUUAAAAGUCUUUGUGUUCCUACUCACAGCUCAGCUGAGUAACAUGACAAUGACGGCGGGUCAAGGCUCCAUGCUCCACCUCCAGAGCAACAUGCAGCACAGCCCUCUGGGAAUCAGCAUCAUCAACACCCACAGCGGAAGUGUGAGUUUCAAAGCAAUGACAAGGGGGGAAAAAAAACUGUAUGAUGCUUUAGUUGUUGAUUGUAAAGCAUGACUUGUGUGUUUUACAGAUGUCUCCAUUCUCCAUGAAUGGGCUGCCCUCUCCAGGGUACCAGUGCCCUACCUCAGUCUAUCAGCCAACACCCCAGCAGGUGUACUCUCUAACCCAAACUGGACAACAGGUACCUAGUUGUGAUCCAUAGAAUAUCAAGGAUGUAGUAUUCCUCUGACUAAAUGUCUUCAUAAUCUAAUCCUUACUACUUUAAUCCCAACUCAGUCCUUGUUCUUCUAUAUUUGUCAUUGUCAUCUAAUUCUGUUAUUGGUGCUACUUGAUAAAAACUGUUAACAUUGAACAACCCUUUUCUCUUUUUUUUUUUAGUGUUCAACCGGUGGGCUUUAUAGUAACGUCUCCUUCAACAACCAAAGUCUAUUCACACAACCUCGCCUGGCUCCCCAGGACCAGGAGCUGCAGCCCAAGUCUUUCCCCAAGCCUAUCUAUUCCUACAGGUCAGACCUGUUACCUGCUUAGCAAAGUUUAAAACACCUGAAUAACCUUUUAACAACAUUCGAAUAACUAUUUAAUUCUUGGUAUUUUCAGCUGUUUGAUCGCAAUGGCUUUAAAGAACAGCAAAACUGGCAGUCUCCCCGUCAGUGAAAUCUAUAGCUUUAUGAAGGAACACUUUCCCUAUUUCAAGGUAUGAGUCUCUGAAAACGUCACAAAAAGCUGGUUAGAAAAUAAAAAAAGAAGUGAUUAUUUACGACUCUUCUUCCUGCAGACUGCACCUGAUGGAUGGAAGAACUCCGUCAGACACAAUCUGUCCUUAAACAAAUGCUUUGAGAAAGUGGAGAAUAAGACAAGCAGCUCCUCCCGUAAGGGCUGUCUGUGGGCGCUGAACCCUGCAAAGAUUGACAAGAUGGAGGAAGAGAUGCAGAAGUGGAAACGCAAGGACCUCCCAGCCAUCCGCCGCAGCAUGGCUAACCCUGGUUAGACUUUUAUCUUUAAAUGUAUAAGGUUAGCUAACCCAAAAUUAAAAAGAUAUGCUCUCAUGCUCUUUGUGUGUCUUUUCUUUCUCAGACGAGUUGGAUAAACUGAUCACAGACCGCCCAGAGAACUGUAGACGUAAGGUAUUAGAGCCCGGUAUGACACGGUUGCCCAGCUGUCCCACAGGCCUCCCGCUGUCUGUCCCACCCCAGAUGCAGCCUCAGCCUAUAGUCACUCUGUCCCUGCCGUGUUUGCCCCUACACCAGCACCACCAGCUCCAGGCUCAGCUCCAAGCUCAGGCUCGCCUCAGCCCUAUGUCCCCUGCCCCAGCUCAGACUCCCCCCCUCCACACGGUCCCAGACCUUUCCCACAGUCCCCUGACCCAGCAGUCCAGCAAGCCGCCAGACGAUUUCUACAGUGUGCACAAUGACACACACACAGAGGUGGACGCACUGGACCCCAGCAUCAUGGACUUUGCUCUUCAAGGUUGAUAAAUACUCUACAUUAAGAAUUUUUAUUUUUUACUAGAAAUUUAAAGAGAUUUUGUGUUUUCAUACCUUCCCUAUCUAUCUGUUCAGGUAACCUGUGGGAGGAAAUGAAGGACGACAGCUUUAACCUGGAUGCUUUGGGCACCUUCAGUAACUCCCCUCUCCGGCUAUCAGACUGUGACUUGGGAACAGCCAACCUCCCUAACGCCUCCAACGGCACAAACCUGUCACUGUCAGAUGUGCAAGUGACAGGUCUCUACACCUCCUACACCUCUCAAGAUUCCCUGUCUUCCCAGUGUAUGGGCGCUCCCACCAACAGCAAGCCCAUCGCUCUGUUAUAAACUUGAUUUUGUUGUGGAUAUCUGAGGAUGCCAACUGAAGACACCUGAUCAAAACUUUUAUUCUUUUUGCUUCUGAAAGUACAAAUCAAUCUUUAUUUUUCAGUCAGCUGCAUCUUGAAAAUCACGUAACUUACAGCCUACAGGAAAACCGCUCUCCUCAUCAAGAGCUUAAAAAGCCGAUAAACACAGAAGUGUCUGUAAGGAAACAUAUGUAAGAAUUUUAAUAUCAAGCUUUGCUAAGCAAAGACUCAAAGCCUGUAUGAGUACAAAGACUAUGUGGAGACGUUUGUGUGAAUUAGCAUCCAUCAGUUUUUUCUACUGUCCACUCGAUCAUUCUUUAGCUCUCUGUCCCUGUCUCUUGUUGUACUGUGCUAGAUUAUUGCUGUGAUGUUAUAUUUAUAUUUAUAAAAGGCAGCUGGAGAAGGUGAUGACUCUAUCUUUUGCUGUAUAUAUUUGAAUGUUUCAAACUGCUAUUGCCAGAGAAAGCUUUCUUUUGACUGGAUUUACCCUCUUCAGCCCAAAAGUCCAACAUGUGCCGACACUGUGAAUGACACAGAUUUGACGUAUUAUUAUGCUUUUACACACUCGGAUUAACGUGUCUCCAAGCCACAUGUCUCAUAUGUUCAUUAACUUGAUCAUAAUAAAAAAAAUCAAAUGGGUAAAUAAAUUUUUUUUUGCCAAAAA